AUGCAAAAGGCCAUCAAAGUGAGUGUUUUGUCUGAUUAUCUUGCUCACCAUCCUGUGGAUGAUUAUCAACCGAUGAAGUUUGAAUUUCCGGAUGAGGAUAUCAUGUGUAUCAAAAAUGAUUGGACGUUUGGUCCAAAACCUGGUUCUAAGUGGACGCUUGUGUUUGAUGGUGCCUCAAAUGCGCUAGGACAUGGCAUUGGGGCAGUGGUUACCUCCCUUACGGGUUUCCACAUUCCUUUCACGGCAAGGAUUUGUUUUGAUUGCAAUAAUAAUUUCGCCGAAUAUGAAGCAUGUAUAUUCAGAAUCCAAGCCACGAUUAACAUGAGGAUUAAGAUCCUAGAAGUGUAUGGAGAUUCAGCUUUAGUAAUUUGCCAAGUUCGUGGAGAUUGGGAAACGCGUCACAAGAAUUUGAUCCCUUAUAGGGAUUAUAUCUUAGAGUUGAUCCCAUUCUUCGACAAAAUUACUUUCAAUUAUAUUCCGAGGGAAGAGAAUCAGUUAGCAGAUGCUUUGGCUACCCUGUCUUCCAUGUUCAAGGUGUCUUGGACUAACGAUGCACCUCAUAUUACAAUUGAACGAUUGGAUGAGCUAGCAUAUUAUGAAUCGGCGUACAAUUAUGCAAUUGAUGAGGCUGACGAUGAGAGACAUGGUUUUAUGAUAUUAAAAGGUACGUUGAAAGUUAAGAGUAUUCUAAAGAUGUGUCUGUGA